UUUCCACUAUGGCAUCUAGCCGGCUACGGGUGGCGGUGAUCGGAGCCGGGGCAGCUGGACUUGGCAGUGCACGUCACAUCCUUUCAAGAUCUAUGAACUUUGAACCUCCAGUGGUGUUCGAGAUGACAGGUCAAGUGGGGGGAACCUGGGUUUAUAUGGAAGACCUGGGAAAUGCUGGGAAUAUACAUUCCAGUAUGUACAGAGAUCUGAAGACAAAUCUUCCUAAAGAGAUUAUGGAAUUUCCAGACUUUCCCUUCGAUCCCUCCCUGCCAUCCUUCCUCCAUCAUUCUGAAGUGCUGAAAUACCUGGAGGAUUACACAGAUACAUUUUCCAUCCGGCCACACAUCAGGUUUAACACCCCUGUGGUGUCCGUCUAUCCUGUCCUUGAAGACCAAGGUCAGAUCUCCUGGAGGGUCAUAUCCAGCAGCCAAGGAGAAGAAGUGCUGGAAAAAUUUGAUGCGGUCAUGGUGUGUGUGGGACAUUACUCUCACCCCUACAUCCCUGACAUUGAUGGCAUCAAGGACUUUCAAGGAGAAAUAUUACACAGCCAUUUUUAUCGCUAUCCGGAGGUCUUCUCCUCACGUUCCAUAGUCCUUUUAGGCUCAGGACCUUCAGGUGUAGACAUAGCCAUGGAACUUUCUGCACAUGCCAAAUAUGUCAUUUUGAGCCACCGCGGGCCUCCCCUAAAAUGGACCCCACCAGGGAAUGUCUCAGAGGCACCUCCAGUGGUCAGUGCUACUCGUAAUGGACUCAUUUUUGAGGAUGGAACAAAGGUUGAGGCAGAUACAUUGAUUUUCUGUACUGGUUACCAAUACAACUACCCAUUCUUUUUACCUAAGACCCCAAGAAGGGCUGGUGAUGGCCUCACUGAUAGUGAAGAGGUGGAAUAUGAGGAUGUAUUGGACUGGGGAUUUUUGGAGGGUGAAGACAUGGAUAGACCUGAUCGAGGGGAAGGUCACCUUCUGCCAAUCUAUAAACACUUAUUCCAUGCCCGAUACCCCACCUUGUGCUUUAUUGGGGCCUGUAAAAUUGUGCUCCCAUUCCCAUUUGUCGAUUGCCAGGCCCAGUUUUUCCUUUUAACACUGGAGGGCAAAUGCCCACUACCACCUGUGGAACAAAUGCUUUCUGAAUCUCGUAAAGAGUAUAUAGAGCACCGAAACUCAGGUUUACCCCUCAAAUACCUUCACCUCCUAGGACCAGACCAGUUCAAGUAUAACCGGUGGUUGGCAGACACUGCAGGGUUUGAGCCACUGGCCCCUGUGCUAGAAAAGUUGUAUGACGCGGCUCGAGAAUGCAGAAGCUCAAACCUUUUAGAAUUUCGAAAAUUCAACUAUAGGAUAUUGAACAGAGAGGAGUUUGAAGUGCAGACGGAUGGGGUAAAAGAGGUCUAUGGGUAACUGAUAUACUCCAGAUGGAAAUGAUCCUCGUUCCUAUUUACAAUUCCUCUACCAUAAAACCAGUUAUGAUCCUUUUACAGGGGACAAUUAUCGGCUAAAUGGACGUUCCUAGAGAUUCUCGUCCCCAAUAAUCUUCCCAUGUAUACGGACCAGUGAUCAGAAAACAAAGGACCAAAUGUUCACUUGUCGGCCGGUUGGAUUUUUUGAGCGGCCUUUUAAAUUAUUGUUUUUAGCUCCAUAUGGGUAAAUAGGGGGAUGUAUGGCUGACAAUGAUGAAUGUAAUAGAGAUCGACACUCCUUAUCCUCCCCAGACGGCCCGUCUAAAAGGGAUUUUACUCUACAUUAUGGAACCUGUCACAACCUCUAGUCAAUAGGUUUAGGCACGUUCAGCAUGGGGGCAGUCAGUAUGCCAAUUUUGGAGGCCACGAUGAAGUACCCUACUUAAUGGAUGGCAUACAUCUACACAGGACUUUCCAUAUCCAUAGGAAACACAACAUUAGUAAACAUAUUGGUGUUGUCUUUGUGAAGAAUAUCGAUUUUGGGGCUACCAUCAGGAUUUACUAUCGGAGGCACUGCAAUCAUGGACCUUGACUAAUAGGGGGUCAACUGGUCAGCUUACCCUCGAUAGAAGGAGCCACACAGUGAGAGUACAAAAAAUCUGGCUGCUGAUCUCACUAGGAAUACC